UGCGCAAUAACAUUUGUAUAUUUUCGGCGUGCUAUGUCUUGACAUGUGAAUAAAGCCAAAAUACAGUAGACGGUCAAAAUGGGAGAUGGAAGGGAAGAAUACAGUGAUAAGCAUGAGUUCGCAAAUCAGUGUACCGAAAAUCUAGAGUUGUUGGAGCCUACUGAUUUAUACAACUUAUUGCAGCAAUCUACUGUAUAUUCCAAUUUAAGUGACCCAAACUUUCUGCUACUUAUAGAUGCAAGAGACAAGAAUGAAUACAAUGAGAGUCAUGUUGUGACGGCGAAAAAGGCACAAAAGGAUAAAACAGGUCAUUUUAUGGUGCCAUACGAUGGAGAAUUAGAAUGUAAACAGAAUGUUGUUGUGUAUGAUAGUAAAACAUCAACCCUUAGAGAAGAAGAUUUUCCUCCUGCUUUACUUUGUGGUAUGAGAAUGUGGGAUAAUGGCAGCAGAAAUAAAGUGAAAAUCUUAAAAGGUGGAUAUGAGGAAUUUUCAAAACUAUAUCCAUUUUUAAGAACACAAAAGAUAAUGUUUAUGCCUAAGGAAAUGGAUGAAAUAAAACCAUAUCCAAUAGAAGUUAUACCAGGUCUGUUGUACUUUGGGAACUGGAAACAAGGCAAUGCUGAAUACAUCCAGAAAGAUCUUAAAAUCAAAGGCCAUGUCAACUGUUGUGUAGAGGCUGAAACAUUUUUUUCAGAGCCUGGUCCACAUUUAUUACACUGUCAAGUAUCAGAUGACAAUGAUGCUGAUUUAUAUAGUAAAUUCCAAACAGCCUGUCAGUUUAUAGAUACUCACAUAGAAAAGAAUGAAGCUGUCCUUGUAUUCGACAACUUAGGAAUAAGCCGAUGUGUUACAGUUGUGGUAGCUUUUUUAAUGCGCCAUUUCAAGAAAACAUUAGAGGAAGCAUAUACUAUGGUAUUAAGUUGUAGCAGUACAAUAAGACCGUACAGAGGAUUUAUAGAACAACUUUCUAAAUGGGAGCAAGAUGUACUUGGCAAAAAGACAACAAAUAUUGAUGAUCCAAAUUAUUAAAUGCAUGACAUCACCAAAAUGAGUAUUUGUAAAAUUCAUUUAAUAGAGAUCAUGACGGAACAUAUUUACAUCAAUAUGGGUGAAUAGUGUCUUGCUGUGCCUUGAGGGACAAAAAGGAAGAGGCCUACAUUUGUUUUACUGAAAAAAGACUAUAGCCAUAAUAGCUGUGUUGUUUGACCUUAAUACAAUUCUGUUGCCCUGAUCUGAAGCAAUUUAUUCUGACAGGAUGUUUUUAUUGUCAAACUAAAUUAGAUUUUUAUCUGUUUUGUUAAAGUAAACCUAAAAUAAGACAAAAGUCACCCUCAGAGAAUAGUGAACAACCUUAUUUCAAUGAGAAGCUACAAAAUAACUAGUACUUUUUGUCUCAAGGUAAAUUUAUACAUCAGCUGUUCAUUAUCUGUAUAUUAAAAAAUGUAAAGUUGUCUCUUAAUUAUAUAUUCAUGUACACUUAUGAAGAUGCUAUGUGCUUGAUAAAAAGUUAAAUGAAUAAUGGAACUCUUGAAGACUGUAUUUAUCAUUUACUACAGAAAACAUUUAAAAACUAGGUAAAUGAUACCAGAAUUUAACCUUUACCAUUGUAGAUUAUUCAUACUGGUAAAUAUGGCUAAAUACAGGGCUCUUUUUUUUUUUUUAAAUCUGAUUUAAAAUUGAUCUUAAGUUAUAGUUAUACUGAAAUGUUCAUGACCUACAAAUAUUUUUACUUGUUAGAUUUUUUUGUGAAAUGACUUGCAGAGCUUUUCACUCAUUGAGUCAAGUUUAGAUAUCAAAUGCCAAUAUCAUUUACAUACAGCAUAAGCUGCCAAAAUUUGUAUUUUGUUUUGUUUUGUACUGCCUAUAAUAUGUUAUAUUUAAUACAUUACAUAGGUCUGUAAGCAUCCAUGAUUUAAAAAAAAGUAUUAAAGUGGGUAUACUGAGCCUAAUAACUAAUACUGCAACAUGUGUGUGGAGAAUAAAGUUAAGAAGGAACUAUUGUUUUCCCUAUAGAUGAUGCUCUUGUUUUUUCAUGGUACUAUGAAAUUCAUUGCAUCUAAAAUGAAUUUAAAAAAUCCAUUUAGCUGUUCAGACAGUGAUUACAGAAUUUGUAAAUGGUGUCUUAGAGCUAUUGCUGUGUCUUUUUCCGACCAUUUACAGGUCCUCCAAAUGUUACCAUUAGUUCUAGUUUCCUUCAGCUAUAACGCUGUGGACGCAAAGCCCUAGGAACAAAAUUCAGUUGUCCAUAGAGUUUAAAAUAAUGACUGAAGUCUGCUUCAUCAAUGAUUUAUUGGACUUUUGACCCCUACUAUUUUAUUUUCUGAAUUUUUACAUGAAGUUUACCUUAUCCUGAAUCUUCUUUCAAUGUUACAUAAAUGACUGAAACAUUGUUACAAAUUGGGUUUGCAUCCCAGACUGCAUUAAGGUUUUCCUAUUCCAAUUGAAAAAAAAUGCAGAUUUAGUCAUGACAAAAUUGCUAUGGUCACACAACAUUAUUUUAUAACAAAUUUUAAGAUAAAUGUAGCCAUAAAGCAUUAUUUCAAUAAACAUUUCUUAUCUAACAGAGCUAUGUUUAGACAAGGGGGUAGAUAAUACAAAUUGACCAUACAGAAAUAUAACGCCCUUUAAUUAUCUGAUAGAUUAACCAAGACCCAACCUCAGUAAUAAUUUAACUAUAUGUGUUCUUUUUUAUGUUAAGAGUCUUUGUUCAAUUUAUCCUUUUAGAGAUUUUUUUUGUUAUAUUUGUUUUAAUAUUGUCUUUCUUUGUUAUUUGUAGGAUUUUUUGGAAUGGACAUAUUCUCAUUCUCUUUUAACUUUCUUAUAAAUGACAGGUUAGGUUUUAUAUUUGUAUGUAAUGUUUUGUUGGCUGUACCUAGGAAAGAAUGAUGUCUUAUGAUAUGCUUUACUUUUAAUGUGAGGUCUUAAAUGAGGGUAGGAAUGCCCUUUAUCGUCAAGCGUCAAAAGUCCAUUUUUUGCUACCUAUAGUGUAAAAUGAGCCUUAAUUUUUUAUCGUCAUUGGUCAAAUCUCAUUUUGUAGCUACCAUUAGGGUCAAAUGGAGUAAAAUAUAUGUCGUUAUUUUGACAAAUAUUUGACCGUCAUUUGUCUUGUGGGGUAUCCCAUUCAUACCCUCUUAAAUGACUUUUAAAAUUGUAAAUGGGAAAUAUCACUGAACCAUAUAUGAGUGAUGGUAAUCAUGUAAUUUGCAGAAUGGAUUAUACUUUAUUUAAAUCCAUUUUGCAGGAAAACAAUUAAUUUGAACAGAUUAUUGUAUUAUUAUUUUUAUUUUUACAUGUUUUAUAAUGACGAUUGUUUAUCUGUGAUAUAUGCAUGUAGUUAAUGUUAAAAUCAUUAUCAAUAAAAUCAUUCUUUACUUUGA